AGUGUCGCAAUCGUUUAGCAAUCGCGCAAUAAGCAAACUUAAAAUGUCGAAGACAACAAACAAAAAGGCUUUGGAACUACUUUUUGAUCGUCCACUUGAACCUGUUUUUACUACCAGGGACGAUGGAAAAGCGGUAUUUGAAUUGCCCGAAAGUUAUUACAAUGAUCAGUAUGUUGACGUCAAGGAUGAAAUUAAAUCAAGAUUUAGCGAAGAUGUCGACGUUAAAAUUCCUUUGCGGGAAUUAAAGCCAAAGCCUGACUUGGGCUUUACUCGGCCAUUGGGAAAGCGCAAGCAAUUUUCGCUUUUUAAUAGCAUCCACCGAUCAAUAGCUGCUCGUUUAAUUGAUAUUUUUAUGAGUAGUCCAAACGAGGACUUAUUUAUAGCCACGUGCGCUUAUUGCAAAGAUCGGGUAAAUCCCUUUUUAUUCCAAUAUUGUUAUUCUGUAGCUGUGCAACAUCGUAAGGACACCAGCUAUUUUCCAGUAAAACCAAUUGCGGAAACAUUUCCACAAAAUUUUGUUGAACCAGCGGUUUUUAAAGAUGCGCGUGCGGAAGGAGAAGUUGUUCCUAAUCCAGGCGACAGACGUCAUAUUGAAAUUCCGCGAAAUUAUACGGCAUCCGAUCGUGAGGAGGAGCAACGUCUUGGCUAUUUUCGCGAAGAUAUUGGUGUAAAUAGUCAUCACUGGCAUUGGCAUUUGGUGUACCCGGGCAAUGGACCAACUGAAAUUGUCAAAAAAGAUCGUCGCGGAGAAUUGUUCUAUUAUAUGCACCAUCAAAUCUUAGCACGCUAUAACGUGGAACGUUUUUGCAAUGGUUUGGCAAAAGUAAAAGUUCUUAAUAAUGUACGUGAGCCCAUAACGGAGGGUUAUUUUCCAAAAAUAAUGAGUAGCUUAAACAAUCGCACGUAUCCAGCACGAAACACUAACACCAAGCUAAAAGAUAUCGAUCGCGAGGACUCAAAACUGGAAAUAGCGGAUAUAGAACGCUGGACUGAUCGUAUUGUGACUGCCAUUGACCAAGGCUUUGUAGUUGAUACUAAAGGCAAACAAAUACCAUUGGAUUCUAAAAAGGGUAUUGAUAUUUUGGGUGAUAUGGUGGAAUGCACAAUUCUGUCGGUUAAUCCCACAUUUUAUGGCAAUCUUCAUAAUGAAGGACAUAAUGCUAUUUCCUUUUGCCACGACCCAGACGCACGGUUCUUGGAAGAUUUCGGUGUUAUGGGCGAUGUGACUACGGCGAUGAGAGAUCCUAUUUUUUACAGAUGGCAUGGUUUUAUUGACACCAUCUUCAAUAGACACAAAGAGCGUUUGGAGCAAUACAGCAGCAACGAUUUGGAAUAUAAUGGUGUAAUUGUUACAAAACUUGAAGUUCGUAUAAGGUCUCUAAAAGCCACUCCCAAUACAUUAUUAACAUAUAUGGAAAGAUCUGAUGUAAAUCUAGCAGCUGGCCUAGACUUUGGUCCCAAGGGAAAUAUUUAUGCCACUUUUACACAUUUACAACAUGCUCCCUUUGAGUAUGUGAUUGAUGUUACAAACAACGAUAAAGUUCCAAAGAAAGGCACAUGUCGCAUAUUCCUUUGUCCCAAGUCAGAUGAACGUGGUACUUCACUGGGUCUAAACGAUCAACGUCAACUAGCAAUUGAACUGGACAAGUUUACAGUAAACUUAAUGCCAGGACCUAACAACAUCCGCCAAUCCUCGAAUAAGUCAAGCAUUACAAUUCCCUAUGAACGAACAUUUAGACCCAUUGGCCCCAAUCAUCAGCCUACUGAUGCAGAACGUUUGGCAGAAUUUCGUUUCUGUGGUUGUGGAUGGCCAGAACAUAUGCUUUUACCUAGGGGUAAACCAGAGGGCAUGACAUUUGAUUUGUUUGUUAUGAUUUCCGAUUAUACUGGUGAUGCAGUACAGGAAACGAAUACCAAUCAGGACAUAUGCGCAGAUUCAUCCUCAUUCUGUGGUCUUAAAGACAAAUUGUAUCCCGAUAAUCGGACCAUGGGUUAUCCAUUCGAUAGACGCCUACAGGUAGGCACUCUCAAGGAAUUGACUAACGCUUUUUCAAAUAUGUCUAUGACUGAUGUGGUCAUUCGUUUCAACGACGUCAUUGUUGACAGAAAGGACUAAACUAUUUUUAAAAUAUUUUUUUUUAUGUAUUUAGUACUUAUUUACACAUAAGUAUGUAUGUAUGUAUUAUGCGGCUACUUAUAUUAUAAAAAUAUGUAUUAAUAAUGAGCUUGUUCAUUCGCUUGGAAUUUACUUUACUAUUUUUGAUAGUAAAUAACCUAUUGGAAAAUAGUAGUCAAACGAACUAAACAAAUAGUUUACUAUUUUUACUAGAAUUGCAAUUUCACUACAAGGGUAAAAAUGGAAAAUAAUACAAGUAGCAAAACGAACAAACGCAAAUUUAUUAAGUUAUGUAUCAAUCCACCUUUUUUAAAUUAAUAAAAUUUUAGAUGUUAAAGUUCAUAAAUAAUAA